AUGGCCGCCGGGGGAGCGGCGGGAGGAUGCGGGGACACGGUGGAGCAGUGCCGGGCGGAGGUGGAGCGUCUGUCCCGGGAGCUGGCGGAGGCCAACCGGGAGAAGAUCCGGGCGGCGGAGUGCGGGCUUGCGGUGCUGGAGGAGAACCAGAGCUUGAAGCAGCAGUACGCCGAGCUGGAGGCCGAGCAGGAGGCUCUGAGGGCGGAGCUGGAACAGCUGCAGGAGGCGUUUGGCCAGGCCUACUCCACCCAGCGCAAGGUGGCCGAGGACGGCGAGACCAACGAGGAGACUCUGCUGCAGGAGUCGGCCACCAAGGAAGCCUACUACGUGGGCCGGCUCCUGGAGCUCCAGGCCGAGGUCAAGCACAGCAGGGCCACGGCGGCCAACGCGCAGGCCGACAACGACCACCUGAGCUGCCUGCUGCAGGAGCUGCGGGAGCAGAGUAAUGAGAUGUUGGAGCUGCAGCGUGGCCGCAUGCGGGAAGAGAUCGGGGAGUACAAGUUUCGAGAGUCACGGCUGAUUCAGGACUACACGGAGCUGGAAGAGGAGAACAUCUCUCUGCAGAAACUGGUUUCGACUCUCAAACAGAAUCAGGUGGAAUAUGAAGGCUUGAAGCAUGAAAUUAAGGUUUUGGAAGAGGAGACCGAGGUUCUGGACGGGCAGCUGCGGGACGCGCUGCGUUUGAAGGACAUCUCGGACUCCCAGCUGGAGGAGGCCCUGGAGUCUCUGAAGAACGAGCGCGAGCAGAAGAAUCACUUGCGCAGGGAGCUGGUUGACCACCUGAGAAUGUGCGACGUGGCGUACACCGGCAGCGCCCACCUGACCUUCACGUCCGCCCCCCCCAGCGGCGCGGCUACUCCGACGACUUUGCUCUCGCCGACCGCAGAAGACCAAAUGAGGUGUAACGGCCACGCCCAAGCUGCGACGCGAACGGCGACGGCUUCGGCGUCGGUGGCCGCCGUUAACGGAGAAUGCCGAGGCCCGGGUCGGAAAAACGAAGGCGCGGCCGCGUCGGACCUCUUCAGCGAGAUGAACCUGACGGAGGUGCAGAAGCUGAAGCAGCAACUGUUGACCGUGGAACGCGAGAAAGUAGCACUGAUGACCAGUUUGCAGGAAUCCCAGACCCAGCUGCAGCAUACCCAGGGGGCUUUGUCCGAACAGCACGAGAAGACCCUCCGCCUUAGCCAAAAGGUCACCGCCCUGCGCCGCGGGCGGCAAGGGUCCCGCACCCCUUCCGACUCCCUCCUCCACCCCGAAGAUCUCAAGGGACUUGACGCAGACAAGGAGACCGGAGAUAACGACGGAAUCGAGGACGAUAAGCACGGCGCGACCAACACAAGUCCGAUAUUGCCUUACCAGUCGCCGGGUUUGGAGAUCCUGCAGUGCAAAUAUCAGGUGGCCGUGACCGAGGUGGUGGAGCUCAAGUCGGAAGUGAAAGCCCUGCGGGACAGGUUGGCCCGGCGUGGGGACGGCGUAGCACACGAAAAACCGAGCGGACACACUCUGCAACAGAGAUUAGAGAGGAAGGUGACCUCGUUGGAAAAGAGCUGCCAGGAGGGCAAAGAGAAGAUUUCUAGUUUGGAGGCCGAGCUGCAGGCAGCUCAGUCUGCCACCGGGGAGAGCCAGGGGGCUUUGAACGCCGCUCAGGAUGAACUGGUGAUGCUGAGCGAGGAGCUUGCCCAGCUCUACCAUCACGUCUGUCUCUGCAACAAUGAGACGCCCAACCGGGUCAUGCUGGAGUAUUACAGACAGGGCAGGGGGCUCAGGGGCCUUUGCGCCAGUCUCAAAGCCAUGUCUGCCGACAGCAGUAAAGUUCUCCUCACGCCGCGCCUUGCCAGGAGACUGGCCACCGCCGCCUCCACAACCUCAACGUCCGGGGAGUCACGGAGCCCCUCUGAGUCUCCGUCCAAAGAGCCUCUAUCUGGCGGCGGUAGAGGGAGAGACAGCAAGGAGGGGGACGAGGAGCUCUCGCGGAGUCAGUCCGAGCAAAGCGAGACCCCUCGCAGUCCUCCGACCGGAUCGCCCAGCAUCAGUGCCUCAUCUUCAUCCUCGUCGUCUUCAUCGCCCGCCCUGGAGCCGGCCGGUGAGCUACGCAGAGAACCUAUGAACAUCUACAACCUCAACGCCAUCAUCAGAGACCAGGUGAAGCACCUGCAGAGGGCGGUGGACAGGGCUCUCCAGCUGUCCAGGCAGAGAGCUGCAGCCAGGGAACUGGCUCCUUUGCUUGACAGGGACAAGGAACGCUGCUUGGAGGAAAUCCUGAAGCUCAAGUCCCUGCUCAGCACCAAGAGAGAGCAGAUAGCCACCCUCCGGCUGGUGCUCAAAGCGAACAAACAGACGGCAGAGGUGGCUCUCACCAACCUGAAAGGCAAGUACGAAGCCGAGAAGUCGAUGGUGACUGACACAAUGACGAAGCUCAGGAACGAGCUGAAGGCCGUAAAAGAGGACGCGGCCACGUUCUCGUCUGUGCGGGCGAUGUUCGCCACCAGGUGCGAUGAGUAUGUGACCCAGUUGGAUGAGAUGCAAAGACAGUUGGCCGCGGCCGAGGAUGAAAAGAAGACGCUGAACUCCCUCCUGCGAAUGGCCAUUCAACAGAAACUGGCCCUCACCCAGCGCCUCGAGGACUUGGCAUUCGAUCAAGAGCAAACACACCGGAACCGUGGGAGCCGGCUGACCCGCAGGAAGACCAGCACUCCCAAAGUAAGUCUCCCAACCUCAGCUUCGGCCUCGGACCUGGCACAAGGCUCCGGUGCGGCUUUGGUCCCCAGUUGUUCCUCCCCUUCCCGCCUUAGUAGUCCGACGCCGGUUGUUUCUGCUGCUACGGACCUCUCCGCGGCUCUGGUGUCGCCCGUGUCGCACGUACCCAAUCGCAGUCCGUCGUCACCGGAGAUUGCUUUGCCGCCUGAAUCUCUGGCGGUAGAAAGACCUCCAUCCCUGGAGGUGUCAACGCCUCAGAGGCCGGCUCAGUCCCGGUGGACCAUCGGGAUGCGAACCUUUGUCGUCGACUCCCAUAGUUUCAGAAUAACGUCUCCUUUUUCCCGUAGCUCGGCUACUACAAGACACGUCCCCCCAGAUACUCAAACCACUACUGUGACAACAACUAGACCUAGUCAAACAGGUUCCUCUCCUUAUCGAUCCCCAUUGCUGGGGCUCAAGCGCUCUUUGUGGAGCCCCUCACCCCGAACUCGUCCCUUGUCCAGGCUGACCGGAACCUCCGUACAUCACAUUCCCUCCCAGUCCUCUCACUACUCUUCGUCCCACUCGUCGCCCCCCUCCCACAGUUAUUCACCGACCUACUACAGCCCUUCUGGCACGACAUCAUACAGCCACUCCAGCCACUACACACCUCUGUACCCCAGAUACUACAGUUCCUACCGACCCCGACACUGACUCCAAACUUUCCUUGCUCUUUCUCUAGACUAAAAUCUGUUUAACGCCUGGAUCAGAUUACUAGAUUUAGCCCCAUUGUUGGCUUAAUUUGCUAUCACGAACGAUUUUCCAGAUCGGGCGCCUUGUAGAGUGAGAUAAUAACAAUUUGACACUAUGAUAGUUCUACCACAGCAAUAUGAAAAGUCUAUGUUUGGUUUUUAGAUCCCUUUGAUGUCAUAUGACAUGUAACCGAGAACCCUCUGACUCAGCAGAUUUACAUCGAUCAAUAGAAUUGCGUCUCGGACUACCAGCGCAAUGUCAACGUACAAAUGUUCGUCAAAGUCCUAGCUAGCUUGCCAGCGGUAUUAAAAGUGUGUGCGGAUGACCUCAAGAACUCCUUGAAGAAUGGAAAACCCAAACCAUUCCCUCCAGAACAGCCGAAACAUUGCCACAAUCAAAUCUCGUGUUGUUGUUGCUGAUCCGGUUUUAUCUGGUAGUGUAAGGUUAUAUUCUGGUUCUGCCUCCCUUGACAGCUUGGUUUAAAAAAAAUUAGGCCAAUCGUCUUCAAAGACGUGAUCCCAUGAUUUUCUAAUCCAGUACACCAGGGUUGUCAAACUCAUUUUUGUCGUGGGCCAGAUUGUAGUUAUGGUCUACCUCAGAGGGCCGAUUUUCUUAGCCGCUUAUCCUCACAAGGGUCGCGGGCGUGCUGGAGGCGAUCGCAGCUGUCAACGGGCAGGAGCUGGGGUACACCCUAAACUGGUUGCCAGCCAAUCGCAGGGCACAUGGAGACAAACAGCCGCACUCACGAUCACACCUAGGGGCAAUUUAGAGUGUCCAAUCAAUGUUGCUGUUGUGAGGCCAUCGCCUUCCAGCUUUUCCACCGUGCCGCCUCAUUUAUGAUCUCAUAAUUUGAAAUUUUGAGUACAGAUUUCAGGAAGAAUCGUGAAAGUUCACACACGUGAUUUGCCUUCGCGGGCCACAUAACAUCAUGGGGCGGGCCGGAUUUGGCCCCCGAGCCUUGAGUUUGACACCUUCUGCAGUAUUGCGCCGUGUGCGGCGUAAUGGCAUAGCGGCACCGUAAGGGACCACGUUUGUCUUGUAGUCUGAUCCAGGUACAAGUUCUCCCUUUCAGUUACCUGAGAGUGCGAGUUCACAGAGAGGAGGACGG